UUGUGAAAAUAGAAUCUUUACUUUUUUUUUUCUUUUCUUUUGGCAAAUGAUCAGAUCAUCGAUUCGUCUUCUCUAUAUAACAAGAACCAGUCCUCUCCUUCGAAGUUUAUCAUCUUCAUCGUUUCGUAAUCCUCUGUUCUCAUCUAAACGAUUCGAUUCCGCGAAACCUUUACUCAGUCCUCAUCUGAUUACUGUUACUUCUCUUCCGAUCUUCACAACGGGAGCUAAACUUUCUAGAUCGGAGCAUUCAAUGGCUGCUUCUUCCGAAUCCAAAUCUAUUUACGAUUUCACCGUCAAGGAUGCUAAGGGUAAUGAUGUUGAUCUAAACAUCUACAAAGGGAAGGUUCUCUUGAUUGUGAACGUUGCUUCUCAAUGUGGCUUAACUAAUUCGAACUAUACUGAGCUUGCACAGCUGUAUGAGAAGUACAAAGACCAUGGUUUUGAGAUUCUUGCCUUCCCUUGUAACCAGUUUGGGAAUCAAGAGCCUGGUACUAAUGAAGAGAUUGUUCAGUUUGCUUGUACUCGUUUCAAGGCUGAGUACCCCAUUUUCGACAAGGUUGAUGUGAACGGUGACAAAGCUGCACCUAUCUACAAGUUUCUGAAAUCAAGCAAAGGUGGGAUUUUCGGAGACGGCAUCAAGUGGAACUUUGCUAAGUUCUUGGUUGACAAAGAUGGAAAUGUCGUUGACCGUUACGCCCCAACUACUUCUCCUCUCAGCAUUGAGAAGGACUUGAAGAAGCUGUUGGGAGUUUAAAGCUUCAAGGAAGGGAAAAAAGAGAGGCAUAUUAUUAGACAAAUAAAAGCUCAUUAGUAUUGUUGUAUUACCCAAUACUGUGUAGUAAGCUGAGUUCGUGAGUGUCUCUGUAAUGGUUAUUUCGUCGUACAACUACUAUGGUCCGUUCUAUAGCGGGCAAACAUGUAAUAAUCGUAGUUCUAAAAUAUUUGAUUUACCUUUACCUCAACAGCUUUUAGAGUAAAUUGGUAUGGGCAAUUCUCUUUUGUUUUUUA